AGCAGAUUGAGAGUUAGACCGACUUACGCGAGCGCAAUUGAGCACGUUCGUGAAUACUAAGGGCAAGAUGGAGAGGGACCGAAACGGCUCACAUGAGCCAAUUUCCCUCCGAGGUGCGGGUUUCUGUCGUCCUCAAUUCAACUGUGGCUGACCGUACGCAUAGUCAUCGAUUCACCCGGCUGCGCAGCGCUGUAGCCAUCGUACGCUCCAUCAUCGUACUGUGUAUGCCUGUAGUCGGUACUGCGAUGAUUGGAAACCUACGACCGAGUACGCGGUGCGCUGUAGAGUUACGUACCCACUGAUCAGGGUCUACAUGUAUCUUCUAACCCACGCGUUCACCUUAAGAAUCUGGCUCCAUCACGAUGAGCAGCCCAUGUCCUACCGUAGGAUCGAGCGUACGAGAG